AUGGAUGCUGGGAAGCGAAUCAAAGAGCGACUCGUUGAGCUGAAGUGCGAGUACGAUGAGAAGAUCAGGCAAUGUGCCGACAUCAUAGACGGCAUGGUGCUGGUGGCACAACUUGAAUGGAACACUAUCGGACAGAAUGAUACGCAGACCAACCUCAUCAUCUCCCGUACCAACAAUGCGAUUGCUGAGGCCACUCAGGCGGACUCCAAACGAAUGCGGUCAAUAUCUACGCUCACGAUGGUGUUCCUACCAGCCACGUUCGUUGCAACCGUUUUCUCCAUGACUCUAUUCAACUGGAGUCCUGAACAGGACCAGGAGGUGAUGUCUCCUUGGUUUUGGGUCUACGCGGUCAUAACCAUUGCUCUGACUCUUCUGACUUGGGGUGCCUGGCUCUUCUACAACCGAAGGAUGGCCAGGUCAAAACACCAUGAUGUGGAGAGCGGGUCAAUAUCUUCGGCCGGAACUACUAGUGAGAAGGGCUGCGAGCAUGUCCAAGCCUCAACGGUGUGA